AAGGAGUCACAGCGCGGCGUCACUUCUUGCGUAGCUUCAUGAAAUAUGAACCGCAUUUUCCUUAAUAUUGAGGAAGUGGUGUGACAGACCCGACGCCAGCCUCACAUCACAGCUGCUGUCCACGCCUAGAGGGUGAGCGGCUCCACGAUCGGUUCCUCCCGAGUCGUUUUAGCGAAGUAAUUUGUCAGAAAACGUCCCCAAAGAGAGGACUGCAGCUGCUGAGGGGCUUGUGGAGUCGUCACGUUGGUGUUUUCUUCCAGUUUCGUGCAGCAGCUGUCCUGAAGAAGAAGAGGAGGAAGAGGAGGAGGGAGGCUGUGUUCAGGAGAGAGCUGCAGGUACUGAAACAUUCAUGUCGAUAACAGACCAGUCCAGGGCUCCUCAUCCUCUUCAUCCUCUGACGGGCUUUUGACUGUGAGUGUGUGAGACAGGAGCAGUGAGGCAGGAAGCUGCCGGCAGCCUCACGGUGCUUCCUCCGCACAGCACAGCAGCUGCUGUGCUUCAGCAGGACGACAAUGCGGACUUGUUGUGAUGGACAGGAUUUAACGAUGUGCGCUUGAUCAGAGACAUUUUUCUCUUCGACAGGUGUUCAACACAGGAGACAGCCCUUCGUCCUGCUCAUGACAAAGAUGAGCUGGGCUGCAGGGACUCAGUGUGUAGCCAAGGGGGACCACAGGAAACCCAAACCUGGAGAGCUGGCCUACCAGAAAGGAGACUUCCUCACUAUUGUUGACACCAGCACGAAGGGGUACUACAAGGCCAGACACAACGCCACAGGAGAGGAGGGACUCAUUAACUCCACUAAACUGCGUGAGAGAGAGGCUCUCCGGGUGGACCCCAGCCUCAGCCUCAUGCCGUAUGUCUCCUCUUCUUCUAAAUUUGACGCCCUCUCGCUCGUGCGUCGUAUCACGUGGUUUCAUGGGAAGAUCUCCGGGCCAGAGGCGGUGGGCAAGCUGCAGCCGGCCGAGGACGGCCUGUUCCUGGUUCGAGAGUCCAUCCGCCAUCCUGGCGACUACGUCCUGUGUGUCAGCGUCUCCGGAGAGGUCAUCCACUACCGGGUGAUUUAUCAGGACAACAAGCUGACCAUCGACAACACGCAGUUCUUCUACAACCUCAUUGACAUGAUAGAGUUUUACUCGAAGCACAAAGGCUCGAUUGCAACAACUCUGCUGAAGCCCAAACAAAAGCAAGGAACCAAGUCAGCCGAGUUGGAGCUGUCUAAAACUGGAUGGCUGCUGGACAUUACAAAGCUCAAACAGGGAGAGACUAUCGGAGAAGGGGAGUUUGGUGCUGUUUAUGAAGGAGAGUAUAUGGGCCAGAGGGUGGCAGUAAAGACCAUUAAAUGUGAUGUCACAGCUCAGGCCUUCCUGCAGGAGACCACGGUGAUGACGAAGCUCCAGCAUAAAAACCUGGUCCGUUUGCUGGGAGUCAUUCUGCACAAAGGGCUUCACAUUGUCACAGAGCUCAUGACGAAGGGAAACCUUGUUAACUUUCUCAGGACCAGAGGACGUUCAGUCAUAAACUCAGUUCAGCUGCUCGGCUUUGCUCUUGAUGUGUGUGAGGGGAUGGAGUAUCUGGAGUCCAAGAAGUUGGUUCACAGAGACUUGGCAGCUCGUAACGUGCUGGUGUCUGACGACGGCGUGGCCAAGGUCAGCGACUUCGGCCUGACCAAGCUGGACUCGAAGGCGUCAGAUAACGUCAAGCUGCCGAUCAAAUGGACGGCUCCCGAGGCUCUGAAGAAAGAGAAAUUCUCCACCAAGUCAGACGUUUGGAGCUACGGUGUUCUUCUGUGGGAGAUCUUCUCUUACGGUCGACAACCUUACCCUAAAAUGUCUCUGAAGGAGGUGAAGGAGAGAGUGGAGCGGGGCUAUCGCAUGGAGGCUCCAGAGGAGUGUCCCUCCGGUGUUUACGCCCUGAUGAGGAUUUGCUGGGAGCAGGAGCCACGCAGACGGCCCGCUUUCCACAAACUAAGAGAGAAACUUGAAGGAGAGGUGGGUAAAUGGAGCCCGAGUCCUGGAUCGGAGCGUCGGGAUGGGAUCAGGUCUGCGUCCGGAUGCUGAUGGUUUGUGAAUUUUGAGCUCAAGAGGGGCAAGUGUUGGACAGCUGAUCUGCACACUGUGGUGUUGUUGUGCAUCACAAGACAAUCACCAUGGAUGGGAUGAGACAAUCACUGUGUGCAGCUGACCAUCAAUGCCAAAGAGAAAUGGUUGAAUGGUUGGAUCCAUGAAUAUACCAAACUUUGUUUCAGUGGAUCUGAGCAAAAUUGGUGAAUCAGACUGUGGUCGGAUCGUAUUUAUCCAUGGAUGAAAAUGACAUUCCAUCACUUUGAUCCAGACUGAAAUAUCUCGACUGCCAUAAAACUCUGUACAGACAUUCAUUGUCCACAGAGGAUACAUCCUAAUGAUUUAUACAUUGAAAAAACGUGUUGAUAGUAUUAUUACUAUAAUUUGACCACAGAAAGGGAUGUCUAAAAGUGAUUUCAGCUGGACUUUAAAAUUCAAGAUCUUUCACUGUAUUAAGCCACAGUUUUUGAAGUCUGUUGACACUAUGCUUUUCAAAGCAUUCAGGUGAUGUCCUUUUUUUUCUCCACAAAUCCAAAAAAGACAACAAAGCAAUAUUCAGGGCUCGGGACUAACUUUUUAUACUAGGAGCACAGUGGCCUCAAACUGAAAAUCCAUUAUAUUUACUAUAUAUAUUAUUUAAUAAUUAAAAAAUUGAUAUAUGUUGA